AGUAGAACUUGUUUUCGUAAACAAGUGAUUCAUUGGGAAAACAAAGUUUGUCUGAGAUGCACCUGUUAAAUCUUUUAUAGUUGAAUAUACAUCGUGAUGAAGGUUAGAUAGAUUAUUUUAAAUUAAAUGCUUAAAUUAAUAUGUGCUAAAAUAUAACAAAUGUUGACUUAAAAACCGGCUAAAAUGUUUGCUUUUUUCACCUUAAAAAUUUUACUAUUAUGUACAGUAUAUUAAAUAUCCUUGGCCUUUAUCCUGCUUUAAAUAGUAUUGUUUUGUAAAAGAGAAAAGUUGCAUAAUCGCUUAAUACAAUUGAUAUUACUGUGAAUAUAUAUUUAAAAGUUGUAUUAUAUUAUAUUUAAUUAUUCUUAAAAAGCUUAUAGAUCUAAACUAAUUCUUUAAAAGAGUAGCAAAAUCAUAUUUGUGAUACUUCGUCAUGAUCGAUAAUAGAGUAAUUUUAUGAAAAAUGUUCCUCUCAUACAGAAAGAGAAAAUGACGCAUACUAUUCGCACAAGUCUGGUUGAAGAUGUUCGUCGGUUGCCUUAUUUUCAUGCAGAUUUGGAUAAUAAAGCAGCGAAAAAAAUAUUAUGUGAUUUUAUAAAAGAAGAUGGAUGUUUUCUUUUACGACCAAGCUCGUCAGAGAAUCAUGCGUGCACAUUCUCGGUAACAAAUCAAGGUUCUAUUCUACACGUGAAACUCUUUAAAACUAAUUCAAGUCAGUACCAUCUAGACGUUGAUCAAACGCCUUUCCCGUCUAUUCAACGCUUAGUGGCACAUUAUUCAAACUCGGCUAUUCCCUGUGAGAAUUAUACAAACAUGAAGUUUAUUUUCCCAAUAACAUCUAAAAAACAAACAAAGCUCCAGAGAAUUUCAGAAUGUUCUAUUGACACGGCAACUGUUAGCAGACCUUUGCCAGCACCGCCAUUAGAGAACUUGGAUAAAAAGGAGGAAGUAAUAAAAGAGGAAGUUUGUGAAUGUGGACUUCAAAAAUCGAAUCUUGCUGCUGGUUGGACUGUACACGUCAGCCAUGAACCAGCAACAAGAGGAUUAUUAUUUUUCCAACAUAAAGAUGGUUUAAAAGUUUGGGAGCUUCCAAUAGAUAUUGUAUCUCUCUUGACCAGCGAACAGAGAAAUUUCCUACAGGCAAAUGGAUAUAGAGGAGCUUUAACAUAA